GUUGGAGGAGCUUUUCUCUCCGCCUCUCUCCAAGUUCUUUUCGACAGGUUGGCUUCUUCGGAGGUCCUCUACUUCAUCAGGGGACAGAAGCUCAGUGAUUCAGUCCUCAGCAAGUUUAAGAUCAAAUUGCUGAUUGUGGAUGAAGUGCUCGACCAUGCUGAGGUGAAACAAUUUAGAUGGGAGUCAAAUAGUGGCUGGUGCACGCAAAGGAUGCUGUCUAUGAUGCGGGAGACCUGCUGGACGAGAUUGCUACCGAAGCUUUGCGAUGUAAGAUGGAUGCUGCUGACUCCCAGACUGGCCUAACUCAGGUAUCGAGCAGCUUUUCCAAAGCAUAGAGUCUAGGGUAAAGGAGAUCAUCGACAAACUGGAAGUCCUUGCACAAGCAAUAGAUGUGAUUGCUUUGAAGGGUGAUGGUAAGAAACUGCGACAUAGAUUACCCUCGGCUUCUCUGGUGGAUGAAUUUUGUGUGUUCGGCAUGGAUGAAAUUAAAGAGGACAUGAUUAGAAGGUUGUUGUCUGAUAAUACAUGUCGCAACAAGAUAGAUGUGAUCUCCAUAGUCGGCAUGGGCGGCGCAGGCAAAACCACCCUGGCUCAGCUUUUGUAUAAUGAUGGGAGAGUGAAAGGACAGUUUCACUUGAAAGCAUGGGUUUGUGUUUCGGGGGAGUUUUGUCUUCUCAAGGUGACAAAAUCAAUUCUCGAGGGAAUCGGAUCUGCGACCUCUUCUUAUAUGCAAAGCGAGAACCUAGAUUUGCUUCAGCAAAAACUGAAAGAGAGCCUUGGUGACAAGAAGUUUCUACUUGUUCUGGAUGAUGUUUGGGAGAAAUGUCGUAGAGAAUGGGAAGGGUUACGAAUUCCGCUCCUAGCUUCUGGGGAAGGAAGCAAGGUUGGUGUGACCACUCGCAAUCCAAACGUUGGAAAAAUCAUGCGUGCAGAUCAUACUCAUCCUUUGGAAGGGUUGUCCGAGGCACAUUGUUGGUCCUUAUUUCAAACACUUGCAUUUGAAAAUAAAGACUCCUGCCCAUAUCCUCAAGUACUUGAAUCAAUAGGCAGAAAGCUUGUCGCUAAAUGCCGAGGAUUGCCUUUAGCGGUCAAAGCACUCGGGAGUCUCUUGUAUUCUAAAACUGACAGAAGGGAAUGGGAACAGAUUUUGGAGAGUGAAAUAUGGGGUUUGCAAGAUCAUGAAAUCCUUCCUUCGUUGCUAUUGAGUUAUCAAGAUCUCCCAUUGCAUCUGAAACAAUGUUUUGCCUAUUGCUCCAUUUUCCCCAAGGACCAUGAAUUCGACAAGGACACACUGAUUUUACUAUGGAUGGCAGGACUUCUACAAUUUUCAAAAGGCAAUGAUAGAGUGGGAAAGGUAGGUAAGCAUUGAUGAACUUCUAUCGAAGUCAUUUUUUCAGAAAUCUGCUUUGAAAGAAUCAUGCUUUGUCAUGCAUGAUCUUAUACAUGACUUGGCUCAAUAUAUAUCUAAAGUAUUUUCUAUUGGAUUUGAAGAUGAUAAGGUGCAAGAAAUCUCUGAGAACACUUGUCACUCAUUGAACUUUAUAAGUAACUUUGAUGGAAUGGUUACGGUUAA